AUGGAUUGGUCUUCAAGUUAUCAAGAUUCUUUACAACAACCUAAUUCCAAAUUUUUAGAAUUAAUAAAUGAACAUCGAUCCUCAUUAUGUCAUGAUGCCACAAUAAAUGAAAAAUCUCGUUACAAUAAUUUUAAGACAUUAAGUUCUAGAGAACGUAAAAUGCUUGGAAAAUUUUAUAGUUCUGUAACUGCAGAGAUACAUGAUGAAUUUACAUUUCCAGCAAAUAUUAAAAAUGAAUUGUCAUUAGAUCAUUUAUUAAAUUCAAUGAUUAAAAUUGUCAAUACAUUUUUAGAUUCUGGAAAUACAAUUUUUAAUGGAUUUAAAGAGGUUAAAUAUGUUGAAUUAUUAACAGACAUCAAAUAUGUAGCAUUAUUUUAUUCACAUUUAGAGGGAAAAUUUAAAGAAUAUAUUCCAAGAGAGUUGUGUAAAUACAUAAAUAUAGAAAAUGAUUUUGAACUUAGUGACUAUGAUUUCUUAUCGAAAUUUGUAGAUUUUUAUAAUUCUGUUAACUCUAGAAUAUAUCAAUUGGAAAUUUACUUUAAGAAACUUAAUCAAAAUGGUUUACUUGCUAAUUCAACAUUAUUACCUAUAAGAAAACUUGCCAAUAAUGUAAUUUGUCAAACAUUUGAGUCUGUAGAAUAUUCAUCUUAUGAAGAUAGAAUUGGUACAUGUUUUAUUAAUUGUCUUCGAAAUAUUGUAAAAGAUAGUAAUUUUGAUUGUAAAUUUUAUAAAAAAACAUGGAAUUUAAUGACAGAAAUUGGUAUGGACAUAUCAUUGAGAAAAGAUAUUUUUAAAAAAUUUAAAAAAUAUAAUGUAGAAGAUGCAAAACGCCUUCUUGAAUAUGACUCAAUAAUAGAUUGGACUGAUUAUGUUUGUGAUGAAUUAAACAAGUUAAAAAAGGCAUUAACAUUAUUACCCUUAAGUUAUUCAAAACAAAGUUUAAUUAAAAGUACUGAUGAAGAUUUUAAGAAAACUAUUGAAUCUCCUUUUAUUAAUAUUUUAGAAUGUUAUCCAACUUCUGAUAGUACUUCUAUUAAAUUUUCCCGACAAUCAACUAAUUUUAACGAUUUUUCUUUAUAUAAAAAAAUUAAACUUGAAGAUGAUUCCUCACCAAGUGCUUAUGAUUGUAUAAAAUACACUGGAAAUGUUCCUUUGAAUCUUUUUGUAAAUGAUAAUAAGAUUGAUUCAAAUUUUAGUAUUGAUUCUGAUAAAGAGUACACAAUUUACCUUCAAGUUGAAAUAUCUAUGUUAGAAGCGGCUCGUUCUGAGUAUUGUACUGCAACGACAAAUCUUUUGGAAAAACAGAUUGAAAGAAUGAGCGUAUUAUAUGAAGAAAAAAACAUUUUACAUUUAAAAAAAUUAUAUAAAUUAUUACCUACUGCUAAAGAAAAUGCAAAAGUAUUUAAUCAAUCAUUUCUUAAUUUUAUUUUAUCAUCAAUUACUAAAUCUAUUGAAAAGGAAGAAAAUGAGGAGAAAUUUAUUAAUGAACUUAUUACACUAAGAAAAUUUUGUUUAGAUAAACUUUUGAAUUGCUAUGAUUGUGAUUCAUCGUAUGUAGAUUGCAUUAAUAUUAGUUUUAGGAGAGCUUUAAAUAAAGGUUCAGAAAAAAUUUGUGUUGGUUCUACAAUAGCAAAAUAUUUAGAUAAAGUGUUAAAAAAUUGGCAUUUACGUAAAGAUGAUACUGAAACUUUUGAACAAGUUGUACAGAUAUUACGACAUGUUGAUGGAAAAGGUCCUUUCGAAAAUAAAUAUCAUAGUUUAUUAGCAAAAAGAAUUCUUAAUGAUACAUCAUAUGAUGAAAGUGCAGAAAGACAAAUGAUACAAUUACUUAGAGAACAAAUUGGUGAUAAGAUUAUAAGUCAUAUGGAAAGUAUGUUACUUGAUAUAGAUCUUUCAAGACAAAUUUUACAAGACUUUAGAAAAUAUCUUUCAAAAACAGAAUAUCAUGAUAUGUAUAUUUACAAUAAUAGUGAUAUUAAAAUUUUAACAUCAAUAAAAUGGCCAGUGACAUUAACAUCUAGUAUUAUUUAUCCUGAAGAGUUUACUCAGUUUCAAGAAUUGUUUGAAAAAUUUUAUAAUCCAAAACAUAAAAAAAAGAGACUUCAUUAUCAACCAAAUUUAACAGAUGUUGUUAUUACAGCAACAUUUGACUCAUGUGUAAAAGAAUUAAUUAUGACAUUGGUUCAAGCAACAGUUCUUCUAUUAUUUAAUAAACAUGAAACUUUAACAUCUGCUGAAAUUCAAAAAUUAACAGGAAUGGGUAAAGAAGAUACUGAAAGAUCUAUAAGAUCAUUAAGUAGAGAAAAUAUUUUAAUAUGUUCACAUAAACAAUAUACUGUUAAUACUAAAUUUACUCAUCUUCAACAAAGAAUUAAUGUUAGGCAAUUACACAUGAAAGCAGCACCUAUAUUACAAGAAUUGUCUGCAGCUGACAAAAAAGAAGCACAAAAAAAUCUUCUUGAGGCAGCUUCUUGUAGAAUUCUUAAAGUUAAUAAACAAGAAACAUUAGUUAAUCUUCAUCAAUUAGCUAUGAAAGAAACAAAGUUAGCAGUUAGUCUUACAGAAUUUAAAAUUAUUAUUGAAGGAUUAAUAACAAAAGGAUUUCUUGAAAGGGAUAAAACUAAUAAAGAAACCAUAAUGUACAUUCCAUAA